AUGGUUUUGAGUUAUGCGAUAUUCAUAACUGCUCAUUUUAUUCAUACGCUGAAUAUGCAACAAGAAUUAAUACAAAGGAAUCGACAUAACUUGCAAAAGAAUCUGUACUAUCCCGUAUGGUUAAAUGAUAACAGUGAUGCCGUGCGUGAACUUAUACUGCAAGAUUGUCAUGUGACAUUUUGUGAGAUAGAGGCAUCCUUGGCCAUUUCUUCUACCAGCAUACAUUCGAUAUUACAUGAGCACCUACCGUUAAAAAAGCUUAUUCUAGUGUUACACUUAACGGCAGCGGUUUCCACAAGCAUUGACUUAACCACCACUUAUACACCCAUUAGCAAAGCCACCUCACGCAAUCCCAAAACGAAACUUAUAAGGCAAAGUUCCUCGGCAGCCUCACCAAUAUCUUCGGCGGUACAACAAUUGCAGCAGCAACAACAAGACAAUGAGGCUUUGGCAUCCCCCAAUGAUGAUAUCAAUUUGGUGGUAUUACCCUCCAAAUCGUAUAUAACACAACCAACAACGCCAUCUACAAAACACUUGAAACGUUCGGGACAGACAGCAGAGUUGAAACAAAGGCACACACACAAGGAGAUACGUAACAGGACAAAGGACACCGAAAGAAAUUCCAAACUUCAAACAGAAGUGACGGAUCAUUUACCAGAAUCUUCGGGACACAUACCCUAUCGCAUAGGUCGCCCACAUUUACCUCCUCCUCCCUCGGGUGGUGACUAUGAUAGCACUGGCUCUGGUUCACCAACAUCGACAGGAAGUGCCGCAUAUCAUGCUGGACCUCCCUAUGAACCGGAGAAAUAUCACAGCGAGUACUGGGAUCGAGAUUAUGAUAAGCAUUAUGGCCACAAUAAUACCAGGGUGAAACAUAUCGAGGCUGAAUGCCAGGAUGACUAUAUGAAAAUUCGAAUUGGCUUCAAUGGUUCCUUUAGUGGUUUGGUAUACUCUGCUGGCUAUGCCUACGAUCCAGAUUGUAUGUAUAUCAAUGGAUCCGGAAGAGACUACUAUGAGUUCUAUAUACAACUAAAUCGAUGUGGUACUCUGGGCAAAAAUGCGUUGCAUGAUGAUAAUCGAAAAAAUCCAACAAAUUUCAUGUGGAACACAGUGACAGUGCAAUACAAUCCCCUCAUCGAAGAGGAAUACGAUGAACAUUUCAAGGUGACUUGUGAAUAUGGCUAUGAUUUCUGGAAGACAGUCACCUUUCCCUUUCUGGAUGUGGAGGUGGCUACAGGUAAUCCAGUGGUCUUUACACUAAGCCCUCCCGAAUGUUAUAUGGAAAUACAAAAUGGCUAUGGCAUUGGUGGGCCCAGAGUGACAGGUCCUGUUCGGGUGGGAGAUCCAUUGACAUUGAUCAUCUAUAUGAGAAGCAAAUAUGAUGGCUUUGAUAUUGUGGUCAACGAUUGCUUUGCCCACAAUGGAGCCAAUAAGCGUAUACAGCUAAUUGAUCAAUAUGGCUGUCCGGUGGAUGAUAAACUCAUAUCGAGAUUCAGAGGCUCUUGGUCCGAUUCGGGAGUGUUUGAGACCCAAGUCUAUGCCUAUAUGAAAACUUUCCGUUUUACAGGAUCACCGGCCUUGUAUAUAGAAUGUGAUGUGCGCAUGUGUCAUGGCAGAUGUCCGAGUCAACCCUGUCACUGGCGCAACUUGAAAGCUGUCACCAAACGUGAUGUCUCCAAUAUAACUCUGGACACCAGUGUAAUGAACGCCAAUGCCCAAAUGGCCAAUGAGCUUUUGGCAGAUGUCACCGAAAAACCUGAAACAUCCCUAUCGGAAAAUGUCAAUCUCUUUCAAUCGUUGAGAGUCCUACAGGAGGGCGAGCCCGAUGAUGAGGACUUAUAUGCUAAUGCCAGACGCUCGGAGGUUAAUCAAUCCAAUCAAACUUGCCUCAAGACAAGCACUUUUUCGGCCAUGACUGCUACCUUUUCGGUGAUGCUUUGUAUACUGUCAGCGUCCCUAAUGAUUGCCUGUUCUCGGCUGAAGCAAAGAAAAAAACAAUCAUCCCUCUAUGAUUCGUAUGUGACACAUAAAGGUCAGAUUGAUUGAUGAUGAGAGCAAGCAGCCAGCUUAAAUGGUGUGUAGGCGAGGGGUGACGGACGACGAUUAGUUCAGCAUUUUUGGUUUUCUUGUAAAUAGUAUUUUAAUUACCUUCCGUUGGCAAGCUAAAAUAAUAAUAACUCGUUUUCUAUUUGAUAAUCUCUAAGUUAAGGUUAGUACUUGUCUGUGUGA